UCUGUCGUCCUCACAGGCCGACUUCGGAACUCUUAAAAAGUCCUCACCUCCUGCAUCGGAAGCAAAUAGGGAAGGAAAAAGAAUUGGAGAAAAAAGCAGAAGCAGAAUGGCUGAGGAGGAAGUCCAAAUUCCGAGAGUGAAACUAGGAAAUCAGGGAUUUGAGGUUUCCCAGUUGGGAUUUGGGUGCAUGGGGCUUACUGGAAUCUACAAUGAUCCAGUCCCUGAAGAGGUUGGCAUAUCAAUCAUCAAGUACGCAUUCGACAAGGGAAUCACAUUCUUUGAUACAGCAGAUGUUUAUGGAUCCCAUACUAAUGAGGUUUUGAUUGGAAAGGCAUUGAAGCAAUUGCCUCGAGACCAGAUUCAGUUGGCUACGAAAUUUGGUAUUGUAGGAUUCGAUUCUAAUGGCGUUGUAGUAAAUGGCACUCCUGAGUACGUCCGUUCAUGUUGCGAUACUAGCCUGAAGCGCCUUGGUGUGGACUACAUCGAUCUUUACUAUCAGCACCGCGUGGAUACAUCCAUCCCCAUUGAGGAUACUAUGGAGGAACUGAAGAAGUUGGUGGAAGAGGGGAAAAUAAAGUACAUUGGAUUGUCUGAAGCUAGUCCAGACACAAUAAGGAGGGCAAACGCAGUUCAUCCCAUUGCUGCGAUACAAAUGGAGUGGUCGCUUUGGACUCGUGGAAUCGAGGAAGAAAUUGUCCCACUUUGCAGGGAACUAGGAAUUGGGAUAGUGCCUUACGGCCCUCUCGGUUCUGGAUUCUUCGGUGGCAAGGCAGUUAUGGAGAGUCUACCUGCAAAUAGUCUUCUGUAUGGGCAUCCUCGUUUCCAAGGAGAUAACCUUGAGAAGAACAAGAUUAUAUAUAGUAGAAUACAAAUGUUGGCUGAAAAGCAUAGAUGUAGCACUGCGCAACUUUCCCUUGCCUGGAUUCGUGGUCAAGGUGAUGAUGUGGUACCUAUCCCCGGGACAACUAAGGUGAAAAAUCUUGAUGAUAAUAUUGGAUCCUUUAAAGUGAGGCUCACAAAAGAAGAUGUAAAAGAGAUUUCAGAUAUGAUACCAGUGGAUGCAGCGGCGGGGAAUAAUGUACCUGAAAUUUUCAUCCCCUGCUCUUGGAAGUUCGCAGAUACACCGCAAAGAGAUGGAGGAAGACCAUCUUAAAUGUUCGUGUAUGUGAUCGGGUCUGCGCCUUUCCUGUAAGAACUGCUGAAAUGAUGUAAGGUGUUUAUGUUUGUUUGGUUCUGAUUGUUGUUAGAAAGUGCAACUAAAGUUCCAAUUGCUGCACAGUUUGAGAACCUUUGGUGAAUGCUGCCCCGUUCUGUUGGAUGCUUAAGCCUAUUUUUUUGGUACUAAUAACAACUGUUCUCAGUUAGUUGUGUGCUGAUUUAAGC